AUGAAAAGAAUCCUAAUCUGUUUGCUUUUCAUAUCUUUGAUAUCAGCCAGAGCUGUAAAUCACCUUACAGAUGCACCUAAAGCAGCCGAUCCAAAAGCAGCUGAUCCAAAGGCAGCUGAUCCUAAAGCAGCCCCACCUAAAACAGAAGCACCUAAAGCCGCCGACCCCAAAGCAGCCGAUCCAAAGGCAGCUGAUCCAAAGGCAGCUGAUCCAAAAGCAGCUGAUCCAAAAGCAGCCACACCUAAAACAGAUGCACCUAAACCAGCCGAUCCCAAAGCAGCCGAUCCUAAAGCAGCUGAACCUAAAAAGGAUGAAGGAAAGAAAGAAGAACCCAAAAAGGAUGAAGGAAAGAAAGAAGAACCCAAAAAGGAUGAGGGAAAGAAGGAAGAGCCAAAAAAAGAUGAAGGAAAAAAAGAAGAACCUAAAAAAGAUGAAGGAAAGAAGGAAGAGCCCAAAAAGGAUGAGGGAAAGAAAGAAGAACCUAAAAAGGAUGAAGGAAAGAAAGAGGAACCCAAAAAGGAUGAAGGAAAGAAAGAAGAGAAGAAGGAUGAAAAGAAAGAUGAGAAGAAAGACGAGAAGAAGGAUGAAAAGAAAGACGAAAAGAAGGAUGAGAAGAAGGAUGAAAAGAAAGAUGAGAAGAAAGAUGAGAAGAAAGAUGAGAAGAAAGAUGAAAAGAAAGACGAGAAGAAAGAUGAAAAGAAAGAUGAAAAGAAAGACGAAAAGAAAGAUGAAAAGAAAGACGAAAAGAAAGACGAAAAGAAAGAUGAGAAGAAAGACGAAAAGAAAGAUGAGAAGAAAGACGAGAAAAAAGAUGAAAAGAAAAAGGAGGAGCCAAAAUAAAGCCCAGAAGAAAAGAAGUUCAGAUCAUGCAUUGAAGAUAAAUGUGGUUCAUAAGCUAAAGCUUGUGAUAAGGAUUGCAACUCAAAAUUAGAAUAAUGCAAGAAUGUAGUUUAUGUUGCUGGAUAUCAAGCUUAUUUGGAUUGCAUUAAUGAGAGUAAGCCUGCAGUUGCCCUACUUGAUUGUGUUUAAUCUAAAUGCUUAGAGUGAAAAUAAUUCUACAUUUAAAAAUAUUCAUAUAUAAAUAUAUUUAAGAAAUAAAUUG